UUGGGGAGAAAUAUCAUUAUGAAAUAAAUGUUUUUCUCUUGUAAAUGUCUUCUCCUGUAGCAAAGAAAUGAACAAAAGAAUAAAUAAUUAAAUAAAUAAAUAAUGAAUUGCCAAAUAAACAUAAUUUAAAAUGCAUUUUCUGAACACAAACAUUAUGCAGUGAAUUUGUCGUUUCAAGAAUUUAUCAAGGAACAUAUUAAUUAAAUACGAUUUCUGCAGUGCACAUUAAAUGACAUUAAAAUAAAAUAAUGAAGUAAGUGAAUGUAAAUGAUGAACGAUGAAAUGAUGAAAAGUGGAACAGCAACUAGUUACACGUAGAAAUGUCUUAACUUUGUCUUAACUGCUUUACGUUCAACUGGGGCUGCUGUGAACAGUUGGAGCUUUCAUGACACUCGUGUUUAAAAUACAAUGGUUUGAUUAUCUGUCUUCGCCAUAUGUAUGGGCCUCUGUUAUUAUCUGACUCUUGGUGUUCAAACCCUCCCCUUCAAUAAAGAAACUCGUUGAACGAAUCCUUUGAUUGAGUCCCACACAAAUAAGUACACACCUGUGAGAGACGACAGGGAGGGGUCAACAAUCUACCUCCAAAGUGAUCCUCUAUUUUCUAAGAGGAGGGACAAAUAAGAGAAGGAAUGUACACCAUAUGCAUGUCAAUCUCAGACUGACAGAGACAGGAGAGAGACACUGAUGACAGCAGCUUAGAAACACCAGGAUACAGGAUUGACUACAUAAUUAUAACUUCAAUAACAGCUAAUAAAUGCAAAUAGGCACAAACAGAAAGUGAAAUACAUAGUGCUUUUUGAUCAACAAAAGUCUGCGAUGGCGUUUCUACAGCAGUUUGCACUUCUUCUGACAUUAUUAAUAAUUUUCAGUACUUCAUGCAAGGCUGCAGCAUUAGAAGUAGAUAGUGUUGAAGUAGGCCAUAACUAUUCUUCAAAAUCAUCAGUCACUAGUACCUCUACCGACAACUCCACCGGUGGUGAUGGACAUGCCCCUUCAGCAAUCUCUACAUUACCUAUUGUCAUCUGGAAAUGGCAUCAUGUGGAAACUCCAUACCUGGUGGCCCUCUGGAUAUUGACCUGUUGGCUCUGUAAAUUAGUGUGUGAACUGAACCACAGUGUCACCAGUGUGAUCCCAGAGAGUGGUCUGCUCAUCAUCCUGGGCUUUGUUUUGGGAGGAAUCGUCUGGGGAGCAGACAAGGCGCAGACUUUCAAACUGAUCCCCACCAAUUUCUUCUACUACUUGCUUCCCCAGAUUGUCUUGGAUGCAAGUUACUGCAUGCCAAACAAACUAUUCUUCAGCAACCUGGGUGCCAUUCUUGUCCAUGCUAUUAUCGGAACGUGCUGGAAUGCAGGCACAGUGGGCAUUGCGCUAUGGGCCUGCUAUGAAGGCGGUGCAAUGGGGACCUUGAACAUCGGCCCUCUGCAGUUCCUGCUAUUUGGUGCUCUGUUGUCUGCCGUGGACCCUGUGGCUGUGAUUGCCGUGUUUGAGGAAGUGCAUGUGAAUGAAGUGCUCUACAUCCUGGUGUUUGGAGAGUCCCUGCUCAAUGAUGGUGUCACAGUGGUACUUUAUAAUGUGUUUGAUGCAUUUGUGUCUCUGGGAGGCCCGAAGAUCAACGCCGCAGAGAUUAUCAAAGGAAUAAUUUCGUUCUUUGUUGUGGCAUUUGGAGGCUCGUUUCUUGGUGUUGUGUUUGCCGUUCUGAUAUCCAUGCUGACCAGGAUUACCAAGAAUGUCCAGGUCAUUGAAGCCGGAUUCAUCAUUGUGCUUGGCUACUUGUCUUACCUGACAGCUGAGAUGCUCUCACUCUCUGCGAUACUUUCGAUCACUUUCUGUGGUGUCUGCUGUCAGAAGUACAUCAACGCCAAUAUGGAUGAGAAAUCUGUCACAACCUUACGUUACACCCUGAAGGUGAUGGCCAACGGCUCAGAGACCAUGAUCUUCGUCUUCCUCGGAGUUUCGGCCAUUGAUAGAAACAUCUGGGUUUGGAACACUGGCUUCAUCCUCCUCACAGUCUUCUUUGUUGUUGUAUUCAGGUUCAUGGGUGUUUUCUUCCUCAACUGGAUCUUGAAUCAGUCUCGCCUGAUUCCUAUUGACAUCCUGGACCAGUUUAUAAUGGCCUACGGUGGCCUGCGAGGAGCAGUGGCAUAUGGACUAGCAGCCAUUUUGGAUGAGAAAAAGAUCCCAGAAAAGAAUCUAAUGCUUGGUACCACGCUCAUUGUGGUGUAUUUCACCGUCAUUCUUCAGGGGAUCACCAUGAAACCACUGGUUCAAUGGCUUAAGGUUAAAAAGGCAACUCAUUCAGAUCUGACACUCAAUGGAAAAAUUAACAACAGGACUUUUGAACACACACUGACAGCAAUGGAGGACAUCUGUGGCCGAAUGGGAGAUAACUGGUGGACCAGACAUUGGAACCAUUUUGAAGACAAGUAUGUCUGCUGGCUGCUAAUGAAGAGUGAUGCCAGAAAGCACAAAGACCCAAUCUUUGGUGCCUUCCACAAACUCAAUCUGGAGGAUGCCACAAAAUAUGUCAGUGAGGGUGAACGCAAAGGUUCUCUGGCUUUCAUUCGUAAUGAUGACAAUGCCUCGGUUGACUUCAAGAAGAAGCUUGCUUUAGAGUAUGGAGACAUCAUACCUGACAUGUCAGAAUAUGAUUUUGGCAUUGACAAUGUUCCAGUGACUUCUGUCAUGAAGAACACGAUUCCAUCUGUAUCCCUGGAUAUCCAUGAGCAAGACAGGAAGAGCAUGCCUAAUGACCUCAGCGCCCAUCAUCUACUAGAUCAGCACCUGUACAAGAGCAGAAGACAUAACCGUCCCACUUACAGCCGCAGUCACUAUAACACCUCAGAGAGUCCAGAUGAAAUGCAGGAGAUCUUCCAAAGAACCAUGAGAAGCCGUCUUGAAUCCUUCAAAUCUACUAAGAUGGGUGUCAACCCUUCCAAAAAACUCUCCAAACAUCCCAAGAAGGAUUCAACACACAAGCCUAAUAGAAAGCCAGCGGACCCACACAGAACCUAUCCAUAUGGAGAUGAAGAUUUUGAGUUUUCUGCUGACAGCGUAUCUAGCAGUGAAAUUGCUGGUAAUUUCCCCAGGAGAAGCCCAAAUGCACCUGGUGCUGGGGUUGAUAAUCCAGCGUUCAUACCCGAGAUGGACACUUCUCCACCCAUGAGGAACCCACCCUGGCAAACAGAGACAGCAAACAACACGGCUGUGGCACCUUCCCAGAGAGCUCAGGGUCGACUGCCAUGGACGCCCACCAACCUGAGACAUCUAGCACCGCUGAGAAUGAGCACACACUCCACAGACUCCUUCGCGAUGGCUGAUGCUUCGGUUGAUGACAAGGCGCCUGAGGAAAAGCCCGGAACACAUCAUACUAGAUUAUAAUAUGAUAUAGCUCCAUCCGCCAGCAUUAACCUGCCAAACAUGUGAUUAGGUUAAUCCUCUAAAACUGAGAAUGCAUUUAAUUUUAGGCAGUUAUCAUGUCAUUAGCCCAGAGAUUAAGGAAUCAUAGUGUUGAAUCGUAGUAUUCAUCACAUAUCUUUAAAAAUUGAUAUACACCUGCAGCAGUAACUUGAAGUCCUACUCUGAAAUGUUUUACCUAUACACACACACACACACACAUACAGAUUUAGCUGUUAUUGAAGUACUUAUGUAUGAGGUUAUGGAAUGUUCUUGUUCUUGAGGGUUUCUUUAUACAAAUCCACGUUGUUGUGGAAGCUGUUAAAGCACUUUGAUAGCAUGCUAGAAAAUAGAAAACAUGGAGCUUAAAAGACAAAAUCAUUAUACUCCUAAAUAUAUUUUUUCUUUACAAACUGAGUUAAGAACUGAGAAGCAAUUGUCUAUUGGUUCAACAUUCAGGUAUAUCUUGAUAUUUUUUGACCUUGGACAUGUUGGUCUAUACACAUUUUUAAACUCUGCAUGUUGUAUAUGAUUAUUUAUUAUUGCAUAGUCAUUCUGUGGGUGCUUCUUUGUAGUAUCACAAUAUCUGUUUCUGCAUUUACAAUGAUUCAUUUUUGAGUUUUACUCAAAGCUAUUAAUGUUUUAUUAGUUGAAUGAAGACCAUUAAAAUGUAAGUCAUUAAAAAUAAUAGUUUAACAGUAACUUA